UAUAGCUCAUAAAGUAAAAGGGGGUAUUUAGAAAGGGAGGCUACGCUCAAGUAGAAACUGGUAACAACAGAGUUUGAAGAAAUGAAAUGGCCAUGUUUUUUGGGUUUUUUUAGUUUCAAGGUAAUAAAUACCAGCUAAUUAAUUUAACUUAAUGUAUAUUUUUAAAAAUAAAUGUGAGUUCUGGCAAAAACGCACUGAUGGUGAGUCGAAAAAUAACUACCGGCUCAGAGAUUUUGGAGUCAAAUUUAAAAGAAUAAAUAAUCAUUUAAAUAAUAAAUUUUAUAAAGUAAAGAGUAAAGACUAGAAAGUUUAAGACGACUACACUUGACUUACACUUACACUACGUAGGACUUCUAAUACUAAUCAUUGGUGAUUGGAUUGUCAUUGAUCAUCAUUCAUUCAUUGACAUUGGUGCUACCUACAGCCCAUGUAAUGCCCUGGUCUGCUCCACUGUUCAAACUCCAACAUAUCUUUCCAUUUGGAUGAUCAUAGGCAUCACUUUCCGCCUCCAUGCAUGGAACCCCCCCCCCCCCCCCCCCCCCCCCCCAGCUGGUGUAAAUCCUUCUCUACAAUUACAUGGUAAACUCAAUCCAUCUCAUUCUUGGUUGACUAUUGAGCUGUCUGCUCCUACCUUUCUGCCUGUAGACUGUAGAUCACUUUAGCUGCUCUACAAUCCGGCAUCCUCUCAAGGUUUUCUGUCCAGCGCAGUCCACCUUUUUUAAUAAAUUUAAUUGUUGUGACUAUUGGUGGGUCUUCGUACAAUUGAUAGGCUAUAUCUCUUUACUUGUACGAAUUCUCCAUCCAUCAUUAUCUAUCGCUGGACCUUAAAUUUUCCAGAGGAUUUUCCUCUUCUUUGUUUUGAGCAGGUCCUCUGCUUUUCUGGUUAGGGACCAGGUCUUACUUGUGUAAAUUACAACUUUUCUUAUAACAGUAGUGUAUAUUGCCUACUCUUACUAUGUUCUCCUUGAGAGAUUUUUUAUUCCCAGUAGUUUUUUAGGCUGAAAUAAUUACAGUUUCCUGCUAUUAUCCUUUCUUUCACCUUCGGCAUUAUUUCAUUGUGGUAAUUUAUAGUAGCUCCUAGAUAUUUGAAAGUAGCCACUCUCUCAAAGGUUUGGCUGCUUAUUUUGAUGUUGUCGCUAAUAUGCAUGUUUUAUAACAUUAUCGUAUAUUUUCUCUUCGCUUCAUUUACCUCAAGACCAGCUUUAACUGAGGCAUCUUCAAGUUCCUUGAAUUCUUUAAUUGUAUCAUUUCUAUUUCUUCCCAGUAGCACUAUGUCCUCUGCAUGUGCCAGAUAUGGCAAUGUUUGUCUAUAUAAAGUUCCUGAUGGUUGUGAUUCUGUAAUGCUUCAAAAUUCCAAAGGCAAAUAUAAUUAAAUGGACUAUGGGGAGUGCCCCUCUAUCACAGUGAUUAUAUAAUGUAAUGUUGGUAAUUUAAAAAAGCACUAAAAUAGUUCCCCCAGGUACAGUACUGGUAACAAUCUUCAUCACCAUAAUCAGUGCUAAUCUGACCAUUUGAAAGUAUUCCAGUUUUAUAGCCAAUAAAAUUAACAAACAUUUUGCAAAAAAAUUAUCUGCAAUUAUCUAUAAUUUUUUUUAAAAUAUAUCUUUUUUAUUUAAAAAAUUUGACCUCAAUUUGUAAAUUUUUUCAUUUGCAGAAUAUGGGAAGCCGUGUUUAAUCAGCGCUCAGUUCUUUGUCCCUGCUCUUCUAAGUGAUAAAAAUGCUGCACUAUCUUUCAAAAACAGUUGACUUGCAAUCACCUGUGGCAAGGAAAGUUUUUAAACUUUGCCAAUCAUCAUGGUCAAGAUACAAACACUACCAUCAAUAUUCAAACUGUAACAGUUUAGCAAACUUCAGAGCAUUCAAGCCUAUAACAGCAGCAAGGAACUUACAUCCAAACUAUUCAACAUGUGAAGAUAACAAAAAGUGGGAACUUCCGGAGGGUUAUGACACUGGAAUAAAAGUUUACAAUACUGUUUCAAAGGCUAAAGUACCAUUAGUUCUCCGACAAGAGAAAGUGGCAGAAUGGUUAGAUAAUUUUGUUUUUUCAAACAGUAUUCUCUUCAAUUUCAAAAGUUUAUAUGUAAUUUGCAAAAUUUUUAUUCUAGAUAAAAAUUAUAUAAAUUAACCCCUUUAUAAACGACCCUGAGUCGAAUGGCAAAAAAGUUGAAGGGAUGAUCCAUGGGUCCGUUAAUAAAAGCCUUGAGAUGAAUGGAUGGUCUUUGUACCAUUUAAUCAGAUUGCUUCUCGGAUUUCUUGCUCAUCUUGCCAUUUUAAUGGUGGCUUCCAUUUAUGCUUUACAUUGAUCUGUCAUUUUAGUAAAAAGUGACCCCUAUAAAUGCUUUAAAAAUAUUUGACCUUGAAACCCUUUAAGUAUUUUAAAAAAUUGCAUAAGUGUUAAGAUUUAAGUUUGACUCAUACAUAUUGUAUUGGUUCAUUCAAUUCCCUAAAAGGAUAUAUAUAGUUGUAUGUUUGGAAGUAAUUACUUUGUUUUUUAUUAAUUGUUUUGCAAAGUAAGUGCAGGGCUUGUGAAAAAGAGUUCUGUCUUUUUUGCAGUGUCCAAAAAAAGCUUUGUCUUUUAAUGAAUAAUUUUAUUGUUUAAAGUAAAUUGUGUGAAAUCCUAGUUAUUAGCCUCUGAUCUAUUUUUAUUUUUAGAUGAUAAUAUAGUUUCAAGCUAGCAGUCAUUUUCUUUAACAUUUUUUGUGUGAUGAAAUUGUAAUUUAUUUCUUGUCUCAAAACUAAGGUAUGCCUGUGGACCAACAGUAUAUGACACUUCACAUAUAGGUCAUGCAAGCUGUUAUGUACGUCAGGAUAUCAUAAGGAGGAUAAUGCAAAAAGUAUUCAACAUUGACACAGUCUUUGUCAUGGGGGUGACUGAUAUUGAUGACAAAAUCAUUAACAAAGCUGCAGAAGUAAGAGCUCACCUGUAAAAAUAUUAUUAUAGUUAAAGCUUAAAAUGUUUUAUUAAGCUCUUAUUGCAACUAAUUAGUGAAUAUCUUUGUUUAUAUUGCAUGAUUAUUGAAUUAAUAUUUUAAAUUCAUCAUCAUCUGUGGCGCUAAAGCCCUUGUAGGGCCCUGGUCUGCUCCACCACAUCCUUCCAUUCCGAUCGAUCCAUGCCUUACGCCUCCAUGUGCGAACCCCUAUCCAUCCAUCCCUGUGGCGCUACAGCCCAUGUAGGGUUUUGGCCUGCCUCACCAAUUCUUUCCACUCAGACCUAACUAAUGCCUUUCUUUUCCAUGCUUUGACUUUCAGCUAUUGUAGAUCUUUUUUCACAUCAUCCAUCCAUCUAAGCCCAGGUCUGCCUUUGAGCCUUUUUCCUCUGGGGUAUUGGUGAUGCACCCUCUUUGUUCCUUUGUCAUUUGGCAUUCUCUCUAAGUGUCCUGCCCAGCGAAGCCUGCCUCUUUUUAUUUCUGCUACUAUCGUGGGAUCCUGAUAUUGACUGUACAUUUUAUGGUUGGUUUGUAUUCUCCAUCCAUAUUCAUCCUUUGUUGGUCCUUAUAUUUUCCUGAGAACUUACCUCUCCCAUGUGUUUAAUAGGUUUCUGCCGUUUUUGUUAGGGUCCAAGUUUCACUUGCAUAUUUUACAACUCGUCUGAUUACAGUUUUAUAAAUAGUUUUCUUUGUUUCUCCUGUAAUGUUUUUACUUUUGAAGACUACUGCUAAGUAUGCCCUGUUUCCGGCUGAUACUCUUUCUUUUAUUUCUGUUAGUAAUUCGUUUCUUUCAUUAAACAAAGAUCCUAGGUAUUUGAAUUGAUUUACUUUUUCAAAAGUCUGGUUUCUAAUUUUAAUUGCUUCAUCUGUGUGUUCUUCUCUUAUCAUGAUCAUGUAUUUUGUUUUUUGGUUGUUAACUUCCAGCCCUGCUUGUAGUGAUGCGUUUUCUAAUUCAAUAAAGGAUUUUAAUAUGUCUUUAAUACUUUUCCCUAGCAGUGCUAUGUCAUCGGCAUAUGCAAGGUACUGAAGUGGUUGGUUGUAGAGUGUGCCCGUUGGUUGUGCGUCCUGAGUUUCCCUCAGAAAGUAUCCUGUUAUCGUUCUUCGAGUGUUAAUGUGUAUGUUUAUCAUAACUCUCUCCAAUGUUAGGUUAAAAAGCAUACAGGACAGGGGGAGUCUCGCUGUCUUAGGCCUCGUCUAAUAUGAAAUUCCCUUGAAUAUUCUCCUUGAAUCUUGAUUUUGCUUUUUGAGUUGUUUAGUGUUACAUGUAUAAGUCUUGUCAGUUUGUUGGGUAUCCCAAACUCCUGCAGUCUCAUAUAGAUAUUUUCUUUUGAUGCUUUCAUAGGUCAUUUUAUAGUCCACAUAGAGUUGAUGUACUGGUAUAUUAUAUUCAUAGCAUUUCUCUAAUAGGCAUCUGAUGGUGAAAAUCUGAUCAGUCGUUGAUCUGUUAGGCCUGAAUCCACAUUGGUAAUCAUUUAGUAUUUCUUCAAUGUAAUCUUUUGGCAAUAAGAUUCGUCAGUAUUUUGUAUGAAACAUUUAAUAGGGAGAUUCCUCUGUAGUUUGUGCACUCAAGUUUGGAGCCUUUCUUGUGUAUUGGGCUUAUUAAUGCUGUUUCCCAUUCUGUUGGGAUUUUCUCUUCUUGCCAAAUUUUAGUUAUAAGUUUAUGUAUUUGAGUGUGUAGUUCUUUUCCUCCAUAUUUAAUCAUAUUUAAUCCAUAUUUCUACUGUGAAGAGGUCUUGUCCGGGGGCUUUGUGAUUUUUCAUAUAAUUAAUUACCUCUUUGGUUUCUUCUAGGGUCGGGCAUUGUAUAAAAGGGUCUGGUCCUCCCUGUGGGGGUUGAUAAUCUUCUUCUUGUCUAUUGUCUGCAUUCAGUAUGUCCUCAAAAUAUUCAGCCCACCUCUCCAGUACUUUACUAUUUUCCGUGAUUAAUUCUCCAUUGUGGCUCUCACACAUUUGCGGUCUGGCGUGGUAUCCAUUCUUUUCAUCUUUUAUCUUAACUCUUUUGAUAAAUCUUCUAUGCUCGAACCCCAACUGGUUUAAAUCCUUCUCUACAUCAUCAAUCCAUCUCAGUCUUGGAUGACCAGUGAGCCGUCUGUUCCUAGGCUUCUGCCUGUAUAUCACUUUUGCUGCUCUAUAAUCCGGAAUCCUUUCAAUAUUUCUUGCCCAGUGCGUCUGCUUUUUUUUUUAUUGUUGCGACUAUUUGGGUGCGUCUUUGUACAGUUGGUAUAGCUCUUGGUUUGUACGGAUUCUCCAGACAUCAUUUUCUAUCACUGGGCGAAAUAUUUUCCUGAGGAUUUUCCUCUCCCAUGUAUUCAGUAGGUUCUCUGCUUUUCUGGUAAGGGACCAAGUCUCACUAGCGUAAGUUACUACUGGUCUUAAGAUAGUGGUGUAUAUUAUCUUCUUUGUUUAUUUUAAAUCAACAAAUCAAAAUAUAAUUUUUAAAUUGUUUUUUCCCCAGACUAAUCAGACCAUCAGCAAUAUCACACAGUACUAUGAGGCUGAGUUUUUUGCAAGUUUGGCUGAAUUUAAUGUCAUACCACCAACUGUUGUAAUGCGGGUCACUGAUCAUGUGUCAUCAAUUAUUGACUUUGUUAAAGACUUAGAACAAAAGGGCAUUGGAUAUAAGACAACUGAUGGUGAAAUUGAAUCUCUUAAAAUCUGUAUAUAUUUUUAAAGAUUAUAAAAUUAUUUGUCUCCUAUUUAUUAUAUUUUAAUUGUGAAGAAUUAUUUUUUUAUUUUUUCAGAUAUAUUACUUAUCCUGACAUUUUUUAUUAUAUUAAAAGUAAAGAUCUAAUUUAGUCAAUUCACACUAUAUUUUAGACAUUCUGAUGGAUUUGAAAAUGAGAAAAAUCUAAAAUGUCAGUCUGAGUCAUGAGAAUCCCCUUAAUUUUAAUAAUGUAUAUUUAAUGUUGGUUUCUAUUUAAUAGGGAGUGUCUAUUUUGAUGUGAACCAGUAUGGUAAAUAUGGGUUUUUUUCAAAUCAGCCAGACACUUCAGUAGGUAAGAUUUUGUUUCCACAUUAAAAUUAACAAAAAGUUGUUGUUUUUUUUUUAAUUUAGCUUAAUUUGAUGUAAUCAUAACAUUUGGUGUAACAUUUCUUCAUUGUGAAGAAGUGUUUAAAUUUUUUUAAACAUAAGCUAUUAUAAUAAAGUAGAAAAUAUUAUCCCCAAAUUUUAGCUUCUUGUUUUGCUUCCUUCAAUCAGAUCAGAAAAUUAAUUUUGAAACAGUAGGGUUGCCAUUUUUCCCCUAAAUAAUUUGUAGAAAUAUAUUAUUUCUUAAGAAGGCUGUUUUCAUAAGAUUAUUAUUUGGCAACAAUAUAUUCCAGUCGCAGUUCCGGAAAAACGCAGCCCACGAGACUUUGCCUUAUGGAAAGGCCAUAAACCUGGUGAAGUCUGGUGGCAAUCUCCAUGGGGACAAGGAAGGCCUGGCUGGCAUGUGGAGUGUUCUGCUAUGGCCAGGUCAUUUGGUCAUUUUUUUUCAAUAAUAAAUCAAGUUAGCUUUGCUGUGUCUUAGCUGACAAAAGCGUACCAAAAGAUUUUUAGAACCCAAAUGUCAGCACUAAAAAGAUAAAUAAUUAUUUGACAUUAUCAUAAUAAUGCAACUGUUUCAACCAGGUUGAAAAUUUUAAAUAUGUACAUUGUAACUUGUCCCCCAAUCAUUUACUUUUUAACAGUGCUAUAUUUGGUGCCCGAUUUGAUCUCCAUUCAGGAGGGGAGGAUCUGAUGUACCCCCAUCAUGAAAAUGAACUGGCUCAGUCAUGUGUUUAUCAUGGCAGCAGUCAAUGGGUUAAUUAUUGGAUACACACAGGUAGAUAGAGAACUCACUCAUUAGGUUAACUAUUGGAUUCAUUCAGGAUACAAAUCUGAUCUAUUAAAGUUUUUUCAGACUGGUAUUUUGUAGGUCUUUGGCAAUGAAUAAAAUAAUUUUCAUGAUCAACAUUAAUUAUUUUUUUGUAGAGACUUAUUUUAAGUAACUUUUCUCUAACUCUGUGUCCUAUUUGUAUCCAUAAAAUACAGGGCACCUAUUUUUGUCAGGUGAUGCUGACAAAAUGUCCAAGUCCUUGAAGAAUGUUAUCACUGUUCCUGAGCUACUUGAAAAGUACUCCCCCAAUCAGUUCCGUAUGUUGUGUCUUCUCAGCCAUUAUAGGCGGAGUAGGUUUGCUAUUACAAUAUUUUUGUUGGUUCUAUUUUUUUGUUCACCCUCUGCUCUACUAACCAUCUGAGAAUUUGAAAAGCUUUAUUUUUACUAUCACAACACUAAUUAUAAUUAACCCUUCUGGUUCCAGUCUUUCUUUAGCCAUAGCUUAAAAGAAAAAGAGGAUACCCAUCACUUUGUUGCAGUUUUUUUUUAGAGUGUUUGGUGACACAUAUAUUCUACACUGAGACAUAAGUCCUAAAACUUGUGAAUUUUUUUAUUUUUAAAAGGACAAAAAAAAGUAAUUUUAGAUAGUUACCACAAUUUUAUUUGAAAUAUUCAGACAUUUUUUAUAUGAUGAUGCCUUAGUAAAAAAAGAAAUAAGUUUUUGGUCAUGGUAUUAAUUUAAUGAUUUCAGAUUUAUUAGUUGUCAGCAAUUUUAAUCCUCUUGCUGAUAGUUUUUGUUAGAUAAUGGAAAAAAAGAUUAUAAAAAAAUGAAGUUAUUUAAGAUAAUUCAGGUUAUCAACCUACAUCUUUUUUUCCUCAUGUUUCUUUCUAUAAUCAGAAUUAGAAUUUAGUCCAGAGCAUAUGCAGAAAGCCAUAUCAACAAUGUCAUCAUUAAACAGUUUUGUCAAACACUGUGAUGACUAUGUGCAGGGCAAACUUUUUUCAUCUAAGGUUAUUCCAGAAGGAGAGCUGUUUGAAAAGCAAGUUUUGCAAUUAUAAAUUAUUAACUUUCUCUCAAUUCCUUUAAAUCAAGUUUAACCAUAAUAUAAUGCAAAAUUCUUAAAUUUUAUUGAAUGAAUUCAUGUUUUAAAAAUCUUAAAAAGCAUAACUUAACAUUUUAACAUUGAAAAGUACUAUAAUUUUAAAUGGAUGUUUUCAAAUCAGCAAAGUUUGAUUAGCACAGGAUAAUGAUUCUUUUGUUCACAUUCAAAUUUAAUAGACUUUAAAUGAAAUAUUGUCACAGAUUAGAUUCUACUCGGAAGUUAAUUCUAGAAGCAUUGAGUGAUGACUUUAACACACCACAGGCUUUGGCCCAUCUCAUGCGACUUGUAAAAUACACAAACAAGUUUUUGGAAGAAGAUCAAACCCCAUCUCAAGUAGUAAUUGAUUUGAAGUUCCUCAAAAUAAAUUAGAUUGACCUAAAUGAAGAUAAAUUAGCUCUUACAUCAAAGUAUUUGUUUAUAAUUUUUUUUGGUAUAUAUAAUUUUAAAUACUAUUACUUUAUUGUGAAUGUAAUGUAAUUCAUUGCUUUAUGUUUUUCCAAUAAAAAAUAUGUAUUAGGUUUUUGGCAUCAAUUUAAGCUCUAAAUUAUUUUUUAAUAGUGAUGUUUUAUUAAAAUUAAGUUACGUAAAAUUCUUGAAUCAGCAGCAAGGUCUAAAGAAAGCAUUAUUUAUUCAAUAUUUUUUUAGGCAUCCUGAUGGAUUUGAAAAUGAGAAAAAUCUAACAUACAAAUACGUUUACUCUAAUUAGAUGCAUAUUUCUCGAAGCACUUCACUCAUUGCAAUUGUAGGAGCUUAUGUUAGAAAUCUACUACAGACAUUAGGAUUAGACAGUCCAAAGGUAAAGGUAUGUACUUUUUGAUAAUUGAAACAUUGAUUUUUAAAACAUUGUUGAUUAUUUUCAGUGAGCUUGUUAUGAGCUUCAGGAGGCUGGAAGCAUAAACGACAACUUUUUAUUAUUCAUGAUAGGUUGGCUAACCUAUUUACAAAUUAUUUACCCAUCAUAAAAACUAAAAAUCUGAUAAUUGAUAUUAUAAAUAAUCAUUUUUAAUGCAUGAGUCUCAAGUAUAAUUUUUUUUUUUAUUAGUUAAGGCCAUCUUUGAUUUUAUGUACUUCCCAACAUUCUUUCUGUAGUUUGAGAAUAAUAUUGCUUUUAAUUUUAAUUUUUUUUUUUUUAUCAUCACUGAUCAAACUUAAAAACAAACAAAAACAAUUUUAUAUAAUUCUUUCUUUUCUGCAGGCAGAAGACCCCAGUUUGAAUGUGAAGCUGUACAGUGCAGUGGAAGCAGCUGUGUCUGCAAGGUCCAAGAUUAGAGAAUUUGCAAAAAAUGAACCUCUCUUGAUAGCAGCUGCAGGUAAAUAUUUAUGAAGCUCAUUACAUUUAUAUUAGUAAUAUUAGCAAUUUUUUUCCCAUUGGUGUAUGCAUGGUACAGAUUAUAUCAACAUUUAAAUAUAGAUUGAAAAGGGCAAGGGGAUUAAGAAUGUUGAUCAGAUUAAGAGCUUUGGCCUACAGGAGGUCACUGAAACAAAUGAAUAGUAUAGACACACAAGAAUUAUCGCAUUAUGAGAAUGAUCAAAUCUUCUCCCAUCACUGUUUUAAUGUCCUUAAAUAAGCAAAUAUGAUACCCAUAGGCUGAUGAUUUUCCAAGGCAACAUGUUUAAUUUUGUUGUUAUGAACAUAUCAGGAGAUGUCGCACAAGUAGCACAAGUGUAAUUUUUCAGGGUUAUUGCUGAUGGCAGAAUAAUACUAAUAGUUAAUUUCAUUUCAACUUUCUUUUUUAUGUUUGUGGUUAUGACUAUGAGGACAAAAUUUGUUGUUGUUUUUUUAAUCUUGAAAAGAUUUUCACAUUUUAUUUUCAAUUAUGAAUUAUUUACUGGCCAAUGAAUGGACAGUAGAAGUUGGUUAAGCUUGUAUAAUGAAAAAAAAUACACUGAUCAUAUAUAAAUGUAUUUAAAAAAAGAAGAAAUAUAAUUGUUAAGUGCUAAAGUAUAAGCAAAAAGCUCAUUUGUACAUAAACAUAGGGUGCACAAUUUACAGGGUGGAUGGUUGAAUGGUUUUUAAAUAUGCAUAGGCACAAAAUAUCUUGGUAAUGAUCUUGGUCUUUGAAAUCUCAUGGAAAACACUAUUUGAAGAAUUAUUUUGUUUUGUAGAUAUUCCUGGAAUAAUUUUUUUUAUUUAUUAAGGAAAAAAUGGCACAUAUAUUGUCAUCCUUUCCAUUUGCUUUUAAUGAGUUUUACUUGUUCCAAAGCCUUUCUUAAGUAUUGGUUAUUUUACGUAAUUUAAUGUCUUAUUUUAUGGUGAGAACUUUCUCUUGUUACUUUUACUCUCAAGUUUUCAACACCUCAACUGAAAAUGUUUGAUUAAGUUGUAUUAAUUUUUUUUAAAUUACUUUUUUUGUAGGAGAGGUGGGCAUCCCAGAAGAUAAAGCUCAAGAGCUGAAGAAGAGACUUUACAAACCCUUGUGGCAAAUUUCAGAUACAGUCAGAGAAGAGAUUUUAAUGAAAUGUGAUGUUCAAAUACAAGUAGGAUAUUUUUUUUACUGGUUUAUUGGUAUGGAACCUAGGGAGCUUUGCAGCUGAUGCUAAAUAAUGAAUGUCUUACCAAACAAGGUCUAUUUGUUGAUCUUAACAAGUCAUACAGUGUCUGCUCUUUUGAAGCUAUUGCGCCUAAAUUGUGGAACAGUUUGCCUCAAUCUUUGAGGGACAUUGAAAAUGAUAAUAAGUCAUUUAAGAAACAUUUAAAGACUUUUUUCUUUAAAUAGAUUUUUAGGACAUCAGAGCGCUGUGAGCAUGCUAAAAUAGCAUGGACACAAGCGCUAUAAAAGUACUAAAUCAUCAUCACCUUUAAAUUUAUUUUAGAUUUCACUUCCUUAAUUUGCCUCUACUACUAGUUAGAAAAAAUAUAGCUGUCCAUUGUCAUUCAGAAUUUUAUCUAAAUAAAUUCUCUUGAUAAACUAUAUUAUUAUUAUCAUUUAAACUCUCUUCACCAGGAUAAUAGAAGUGGUUCUAAUUGGAGUAUAGCAGAAUUAAAACAGAAAGUAAAAUGCAGACAAGGUGAGGAUAAAGACAAGACUAAAGAAAAGGUUGAUAUCAGAGGAAAAGAUAAUCUGAAGCCAUCAGGCAGUUGACAUGGACAUUGUUUAGUUAUAUAUUAAAAUUAAUAUGGUAUCCACCUUGAUUUUUCAGUGUGUUUGACAGAAAGCUAAAUGAUUUUUUCCAAAGUGCCAGAUUUUAUCAUGUCACACUUGUCUAUCAACAGUGCACUUUUGGGAUAUCCUUGAUCAUGUAACUGGAUAAAUACAUUUUAAUUUUUUAACAACUUUUCAAGAAAUAUUUCCCCAAGGCAAAAUAAAAUUUCCCACAUAGACCAAAAGCGCCACAACCAAAAGUUCUAUAAAAAUUCAGAAUGUAAAGAAUAUUAAAAAUGAACAGUUUAAUUUUCAAAUUGUAAUUUAAUUGAACUCUUAAAAAGCAAUUCACCUCACCAUUAAUGUUGAACUCAAAAAUUAAAUAUAAAAAAUGUAUUAAAUAUACAUUACCAAAAAAUGCAACCCAACAAUCACAGUGCCUAGAGAAGUAAUCUUGCCAUACAAGUAUUGUAGAAACUGCUGAUAAAACUGUAUUUAACAAUUUUAAUGGUGUUUAAUUUAUUAGAAAAGUGAUUUGGACGGAAUGCAUCCUUUUUAUGAACGACUUUAUUCUGUGCUUACGAUUAUGAUAAUUAAAAAAACUGGCAAAUUAUAAGCUUUGAUGAAUGCCUUGAGUUAUUCCUCAUAAAAGAUGACAAUGUAUUUACUAUCAAAAAGCACAUAAGAGUACUUUUGGAAUGCAUUGGAGAUAAGUAAAUAAUUUACAUACACAAGUACAUCAAAAAAUAUUUUACUUUUAGACAUUUAAAAUUUG